UUCCAUCUCCCUCCUCUCACCAACCUUCCUGCAUCAAACAUCCACCGCCUGCCAACAUCCCGGAUCUUCCAUCUCGACUGCUUCUGGGAAGCACCUCUUCUUCCGCCCGUCGAAGAUCUCCAGAUCCCAGGUCUUCGCUGCUCGGCCUUAUCUGAGCCUUCUUCACGUCACCGCUGCGCUUGCAUCACCGCUACCCAGGCAGCCCGCCGCCUCAACCCAACAGCCAUGGCAUCGGCUUCAGCGACCAAUCCAGAUACUCUGGUCACUCUGAAGAUCAAUAUCGAGGGCAGCAAUCGGAGAUUCAAGCUUCCUCUUCGUGAUCUGGGGGCCAGCACCCUCCCCGAUAAGCUGCGAUACCUCCUCGCCAUCCCACCGACCUCCGAGGCUAUCUUCGAGCGUUACUCUGACAGCGCCGCUGCCUUUAUCGUCCUCGACCCGAACAAUACCUCCGUUUACAAACAGCUCUAUCGUGCUGCUAAGGCAAAGCUGAAGCUUCGCCUCAAGGUCACCGUCAAGGAUCAGGAGCCGGUCGUGCCAAGGCCAGCUACCGUUGAAGAUGAGGCACCGAGCCUCGUGAGUGCUGAAGAUGAGCGGCCUGCUAUCCCACACUACUCAUCAGCAACUCCUGCCCCAGCCCCACAAACCUCAUCCCCACUCUCCUCCUCUGAGCCAACCAGCUUCCCAUCCGUCAACGAACUCCAACGUGGGUUUGAGGAGCUGCUUAUCAAAUAUCCUCGAAUCAGCAGCCCCAGCUCUGCUUGCCCUGUGGUGAGCUCUAGCUGCCACAGCCAACCCAAGCAUGAAGUCCCAAGCCCCUCGCAGCAUCAGGCCGGCUCGAGCACUGAGAUUGCUGUCACACGUGGCGCAGCAGCUCGCGAUAAGUGGUUCGCCGAGCUCGCUGGCGUCUCCCACGAACGCCAGAAUGCCGUCCGCAAUAACACAUACGUCUCAGCUCUCUCAAAUAUGAGCAUCUUCUCCGUCUACUGCAACAACUGCAAUCAAGCUAUCCCAGACUGGCACUACCACUGCAGCACCUGUGAUGAUGGCGACUUUGAUCUUUGCCAGACUUGUAUCGAUGAGGGUGUUCUCUGCAGUGGCGAUGAUCACUGGUUGAUCAAGCGCUACGUGAAGAAUGGACAAGUCAUAAACAGCACGACUGAGAUUAUCGCACCAAAGCCUGCUGCUCUUGAACCAAAGACGACUCCUGUGGAACCCGAGGAGGAAGCUCUCAUCGCUACUCGUACUUGCAAUUCUUGCGUCCAAGAAUUGCCGGAGGAGAACUUCGUCACUUGUACCUCAUGCGAGGACUACGAUCUUUGCAUCCCUUGCCACGUCGCAGUGAAGCACGGCCACCACCCCAAGCACGCUUUCAUUCCUGCAGUUGAAGACGCGAACCUUGAUAUGGUGUCGCAGGCUCUGCUUGCUCCUGGCCGCAACGUUGGGCACAAUGCUAUCUGUGAUGGGUGUGACAAGUACAUCUUUGGCGUCCGCCAUAAGUGUCUCGACUGCCCAGAUUGGGACUUCUGCUCGACCUGCAUUGCCAACGCCGGUUUCAUCCACCCCCGCCAUCGAUUUGUCCCAAUCUAUGAGCCUAUUAAUGAUCCUGCAGCAUCAACUCGAGCAAUCGUCAAAAAGGCUCGCCAUCACGGCAUCUACUGUGAUGGACCUCUCUGUAACACCGGCAAUGGUGUUCAGUCAUAUAUCCAGGGAGACCGAUAUAAGUGCGCAGUCUGCCACGAUACCGACUUCUGUGCCAGCUGUGAGGCCAGCCCUUCAAACCCGCACAACAAGACCCAUCCCCUCAUCAAGUUCAAGACACCGGUUCGCAAUGUCUCCGUCACCACUUUGGGCGAUCGCGAGGAUGGCAAGCCUGUACCGAUCAUGGGCGACCGACGCAGCAGCCACACCACAUCCAAGGCUACUGAGACCCAAACUUCGUCUGUAAACGCUGCCACACAAGUCCAGACCGUUGUGGAUCUGCAGCCAACAGAGACCAAGGCCGACGAACCACUUGAAGUCAAGGCCGAGGCUCCCAAGGUUGAGGCCAAGGUUGAGGCCAAGGAGCUUCCCGCAGCUGCUGUCAAGGAGGAACUGGUUGCUCAUUACGUUCGUGAUACCGUUGCGGAUGGCACUGUCAUGGCACCCAACACUGUCUUCGAGCAAACUUGGUACCUUCGCAAUGGCGGCAACGCUCCUUGGCCCGCAGGAUGCACUGUUAAGUUUGCUGGCGGUGAUAACAUGUGUGCUGUUGACCCCCAUCACCCGGCCAGUGUUCACGAGCUUGUCUCUGCUGCUGAGAGUACCACCUGCUACACCGAGGUUGCUCCAGGUCAGGAGGCUGCUUUCACUGUCUUGAUGAGGACUCCAAAUAAGCCCGGCUCACACAUCUCUUACUGGCGUCUUACGAGCCCAGACGGAGGCAAGUUUGGACGCAGACUCUGGUGUGACAUCAAGGUCAGGGAGCCCGCUCUAGUCAAGGAGGAGCCUAAGGAGGAGCCUAAGGAAGAGCCUAAGGAGGAGAUUAAGGAGGAGCCCACAGAGGAUGCUGCUGAAGAGAUCAAGGCUGAGGAAGGAAGCCAGAUGAUCUUCCCCAAGCUCGAGAAGGAAUCGCCAACCACAAGCAUGCAUGAGGAAGCCCCGGCUCCUGCCUACGAGGCCCCAGAGGAGGUUGACGAUUUUGAGGACUUCGUCGAGGAGGCUCUCGAUGAUGAAGAGACCGAGGAUGGGUUCAUGACGGAUGACGAGUACGAUAUUCUCGAUGCCAGCGACGAGGAAUACCUCGCUGAGCAGGAGAAGGCUGCCAAGAAGUAA